AUGAAGGGGGCAAUGAAACUUGCGGCCUUGAGGUUGAUGGUCUGCAUCGUAUGCGUCUGCGCUGAUGUCGGCGCCAACAAGGCACCGACGCCAGACAAGGACGGCAAAUUCUGGAUCCACGGCGAUGGCAUUUCGGCCGCCUUUGUGCCGUACGGCGCGUCCAUUGCCAACCUCGUGUUCAGAGACCAGUUCGGCAUCCAGCGUGACCUCGUGGGGGGCUUCGACAACGCCUCGUACUACGGCGUCGACAAGCAGCAUCCGCACUUUGGUUCGGUCCCCGGCCGGUACGCCAACCGCAUCAAAAACAGCACAUUCUCCUUCGACGGUCGCAGGUACAAGGUCAAGGCCAACGAAAAUCCAACCAAGGAGCACCCAAACGGGCUCAACACGCUGCACGGCGGGCCCGACGGAUGGGACUGGCGAAACUUCACCGUGGUGUCCCACACCAAGUCCAGCGUCACCUUCUCCUUCGUCGAUCCGGACGGCAAGGAGGGCUUCCCCGGCGAGGUCGUCUCCGUCAUCACCUACACGCUGACUGGUCGCGACUGGGACAUCAAGAUGGUGGCCGUCGCGACGACAAAGAGGACGCCCAUCAUGCUGAGCAGCCACACGUACUGGAACCUCGAUGGCUUCGCCAACAACAAGACCAGCACCGCCCUCAAUCAUACCUUGCAUCUGCCUUAUAGCGGCCAGCGCAUCGCCGUCGACAACAUCCUCAUUCCGACCGGCGAGAUUCUGGCCAACGCGGAGGGGUCGGUGAAUGACUUCUGGAGCAAGCCGAAGCAGAUCGGUGCCUCCUUUGGCGACAAAGAGCUCGACGGAAACUGCGGUUUCAACUGCACUGGCUACGACAACUGCUUCACCGUCAACAGGCUGGGCCACUACGACUGGCGCAAGGACGGCCCCGUCGCAACCUUGUCGUCCGCAUGGUCCGGCAUCCGGCUCGACGUCUUCACCGACCAGGAUGCCUUCCAGCUGUAUACGUGCAGUGGUCAGAAUGGCACCAUGGCGCUCAAGAAGACGCAAGGUGUUGCCGACGUCGGCAACGCGAGGUCCUUCCCAAGAACGAUCCCCAAGUACGGCUGUGUCGUGCUCGAGGUCCAGGACUACAUUGACGGUAUCAACCACCCAGAGUGGAUGCGCAAGCAAAUCUACGGCCCAGCCGACGAGCCGUACGUGCUGCAGGCCAGGUACAGGUUCAGCUUGCUAUCCGAGCACAGCGUCGGGGACCAUCAUGGCGUGCGCUGA